UCGGACCAAAGCCGUGAGCUCUGAGGUGGAUGAGAGCCUCUUUGGAGCUAUCAAGCCCCUGGCCCAGGGCCAGAGCAACAGCCCCAUCGUGCUGCUCCGGGAUAAGCAUACCAUUGGGAAGACUCUCAGUGCCCUGGGCUUGGACCACAAGCCAGAGACCAUCCAGCUCAUCACCCGGGACAUGGUCCGAGAGCUCAUAGUUCCCAAGGAGGAUCCCUCUGGGGAGUCCCUAAUCAUCAGCCCUGAGGAGUUUGAGCGGAUCAGAUGGGCAUCCCAUGUCCUGACCAGAGAAGAGCUCGAGGCCCGGGAGCAGGCCUUCAAGAAGGAGAAGGAAGCCAUCGUGGAUGCAGUGACGACACGCAAGAAGAUCAUGAAACAGAAGGAAAUGGUGUGGAGGAAAAACAAGAAGCUCAGCGACCUGGAGGAGGUGGCCAAGGAGCGGGCCCAGAACCUCCUGCAGAGAGCCAACAAGCUUCGGAUGGAGCAGGAGGAGGAGCUCAAGCACAUCAACAAGGUCAUCCUUAAUGCCAAGUGCCAUGCCAUCCGGGAUGCCCAAAUCCUGGAGAAGCAGCAGAUCCAAAAAGAAUUGGAUGCAGAGGAGAAGCGAUUGGAUCAGAUGAUGGAAGUGGAGCGGCAGAAAUCCAUUCAAAGGCAGGAGGAGCUGGACAGGAAGAGGAGGGAGGAAAGAAUACGCUGGGACAUUGCUAAGUGGAGAGACUUCCUCAGACUCAGCCCUGUCUACCAGCAGCAGACAGUCUUCAAAUGUCUUUACUUCCGGCAGGCUCGAGAAGCAGAGUUUGAGGCUGAGCAGGAGAGAAUCCGGAGAGAGAAAGAGAAGGAGAUCACCCGCCUGAGGGCCAUGCAGGAGAAAGCCCAGGACUACCAGGCAGAACAGGAUGCCUUGCGGGCCAAGCGCAACCAGGAGGUUGCAGACAGAGAGUGGCGCAGAAAAGAAAAGGAAAAUGCACAGAAGAAGAUGGAAACAGAGGCCAAACUGCAGAAAAGUCGGCUGGAACAGGUGGCUUUCAAGGAGCACACUCUGGCUGUUCAGGUGCAACGGGACCGGGAUGAGUUCGAGAGGAUUCUUCAGGCUCAAAGGCAGCAGAUUGAGAAGGAGCGGCUGGAGGAGGAGAAAAAGGCCACAGGGCACUUACAGCAUGCCAACGAGCUCCGGCGCCAGGUGCGCGAGAACCAGCAGAAGCAGGUGCAGAGCCGGAUCGCCACCUUCGAGGAGGGCCAGCGCCUCAAAGAGGAGGCCCAGAAGCGGCGUGAGCGCAUUGAUGAGAUCAAGAGGAAAAAGCUUGAAGAGCUGAGAGCCACUGGCCUUCCUGAGAAGUACUGCAUCGAAGCCGAGCGCAAAGCUAACCUGCUGGCUACCUCCGUGAAGUGA